CAACCACUUUCCACCAUUCUCUUUAAAACGUUCACCACCCGUAUCUGAGAGUUAACUUCAUGCACACAUCACUCCAGAUAUACAAUCAAAUAUCGUUCCUUCUCAACUGUAUCUACCAAGCUACCAUAUUCCAGAUUGCUGCAAGAGAGGUCACCAUUGAUUGUUCUCUCUGUUUCCUAGAAGCCUGUCAAAGAAUUUCUGAGAUUACUCCAGCAGCUGCUUUUUCUUGGGAGCAGCAGCAGCACUGCCAACCACUUCACUUGAUCGGAAAUAAGAGAAUGACAAGUUUGUUUAAAGGCUCGCCGUGUAUACGCCAGCAAGAUGAUUUGGAAGCUGGUGAAAAUCGUUCUACUGACGUCGGCCGUGAUGCCAACUCUUCGUCUGGUCCUUUUGAUAUCGUCAGCACCAAAAACGCUCCCAUCGACAGCCUCCGCAGAUGGCGGAAAGCUGCGCUCGUGCUUAAUGCUUCUAGAAGAUUCCGAUAUACUCUGGACUUGAAGAAGGAAGAGGAGAAGAGGAGAAUAUUAAGCAAGAUAAGAGCACAUGCGCAAGUGAUUUGGGCUGCACAUCUUUUCAAGGAAGCUGGGAAUAAUAGAGUAAAUGGAGACACAGAACCACAUCCACCCCCCACUGGUGAUUUUGGAAUUAGCGUGGGGCAAAUUUCUGUAAUCACGAGGGAUCAUGAUCAUAAUGCUUUGGAGGCACUCGGUGGGGUAAAAGGGGUUGCAGAUGCAUUGAAAACUGAUAUAGAGAAGGGAAUUCAUGAAGAUGAUGCUGAUUUAUUGAAACGGAAGAAUGCAUUUGGAUCAAAUACAUAUCCUCAGAAAAAAGGAAGGAGUUUUUGGAUGUUCCUUUGGGAAGCUUGGCAAGAUCUUACUUUGAUCAUAUUGAUGGUAGCUGCAGUGGCCUCUUUGGUGCUGGGUAUGAAGACAGAGGGUGUUAAGGAAGGAUGGUAUGAAGGGGCCAGCAUUGCUUUUGCAGUUAUUCUUGUCAUUGUUGUGACAGCUAUAAGUGACUACAAACAAUCUCUUCAGUUUCAAAAUUUAAACGAGGAGAAGAGAAACAUACAUUUGGAGGUUACCAGAGGAGGUAGAAGAGUUGAAGUUUCAAUAUAUGAUAUUGUUGCUGGUGAUGUUAUACCCCUUAACAUUGGUGAUCAGGUUCCUGCUGAUGGAAUUUUAAUUACUGGUCACUCCCUUGCUAUUGAUGAAUCAAGCAUGACUGGAGAAAGCAAGAUUGUCCAAAAGAAUUCCAGGGAACCGUUUCUAAUGUCUGGCUGCAAAGUUGCAGAUGGUAGUGGCACUAUGCUGGUAACAGGUGUUGGAAUUAAUACUGAAUGGGGGUUGCUCAUGGCUAGUAUAUCAGAAGACAAUGGUGAAGAAACACCUUUGCAGGUGCGCUUGAAUGGGGUCGCAACUUUCAUUGGUAUUGUGGGGCUGACAGUAGCUUUGCUUGUCUUGGUAGUCCUCUUGGUCAGAUAUUUCACUGGACAUACAAAAAACUUUGAUGGAAGUCCUGAGUUCGUAGCGGGUAAAACAAAAGUUAGUAAAGCAGUAGAUGGAGCCGUUAAAAUUCUGACUGUCGCGGUCACCAUUGUUGUAGUUGCAGUGCCUGAAGGGCUUCCCUUAGCAGUUACUUUAACUCUUGCAUACUCGAUGAGAAAAAUGAUGAGAGAUAAGGCUUUGGUGCGCCGGCUUUCUGCUUGUGAAACCAUGGGCUCUGCCACCACUAUUUGCAGUGAUAAGACUGGAACUUUGACCUUGAAUCAGAUGACCGUUGUGGAAGCUUUUUCUGGAGGGAAAAAAAUGGAUCUUCCUGAAAGUAAAUCACAAUUGCCUCCUAUUUUGUCUUCUUUACUUAUUGAAGGUAUUGCACAAAACACAACCGGCAGUGUUUUUGUUCCUGAGGGAGGUGGAGAUCUAGAGAUUUCUGGAUCGCCAACAGAAAAGGCCAUUAUGGGAUGGGCAAUCAAGCUGGGGAUGAAUUUUGAUGCUGUCCGAUCUGAAUCGAAUGUCAUUCAUGUAUUCCCAUUCAACUCUGAGAAGAAAAAAGGCGGGGUGGCACUACAGCUGCCCAACUCUCAAGUGCAUAUACAUUGGAAGGGGGCUGCCGAAAUAGUCUUAGCCUCAUGUACAAAAUAUGUUGAUGCAAGUGGUAACACAGUGCCAUUGGAUCAAGACAAGGUGUCGUUUUUUAAGAAAGCUAUUGAAGAUAUGGCUUGCAGUAGUUUGCGUUGUGUUUCCAUUGCGUAUAGAACAUAUGACAUGGACAAAGUUCCAGCUGAUGAACAACAACUAGCUCAAUGGGUGAUUCCUCAAGAUGAUCUUGUUUUGCUUGCAAUUAUUGGCAUAAAGGACCCAUGUCGUCCAGGUGUGAGAGAUGCUGUUCGACUGUGCCAAAAUGCUGGUGUUAAGGUUCGCAUGGUAACUGGUGACAAUCCUCAAACUGCUAAAGCAAUUGCUUUGGAAUGUGGGAUACUGAGCUCAGAAGAAGAUGCUGUGGAGCCUAAUGUUAUUGAAGGAAGAGUGUUUCGUGAAUAUUCAGAUUCAGAAAGAGAAGACAUCGCAGAGAAGAUCUCAGUGAUGGGGAGGUCUUCUCCGAAUGACAAGCUUUUGCUUGUGCAAGCAUUGAAAAGGAGGGGACAUGUUGUUGCUGUAACUGGAGAUGGAACAAAUGAUGCUCCUGCAUUGCAUGAGGCAGACAUUGGUCUCUCAAUGGGUAUUCAAGGCACAGAAGUUGCUAAAGAGAGCUCAGAUAUCAUAAUUUUGGACGACAAUUUUGCUUCAGUCGUGAAGGUUGUCCGUUGGGGUAGAUCUGUAUAUGCAAAUAUCCAGAAAUUUAUUCAGUUUCAGCUUACAGUUAAUGUUGCAGCUCUCAUUAUAAAUGUUGUGUCUGCAAUGUCUUCUGGUGAAGUCCCAUUGAAUGCAGUGCAGCUCCUUUGGGUUAAUCUUAUCAUGGAUACUCUUGGAGCACUGGCACUGGCUACUGAGCCUCCAACAGAUCACCUGAUGAAUAGAUCUCCAGUUGGUCGCCGGGAACCACUAAUAACAAAUAUCAUGUGGAGGAACCUGCUGGUACAGGCAGCAUAUCAAGUGACCGUGCUCCUUGUCCUUAAUUUUCGAGGAGAGAGUAUACUAGGUUUGGAGCAUGAGACCCCUCAGCGUGCGAUCGAAGUGAAGAAUACCUUGAUAUUCAAUGCAUUUGUGCUCUGUCAGAUCUUCAACGAAUUUAAUGCCCGGAAACCAGAUGAAAUCAAUAUUUUCAAAGGGAUUUCAAAAAACCACCUAUUCAUUGCUAUAAUUGGAAUAACACUUGUACUUCAGGUAAUCAUAGUUGAGUUCGUUGGAAAGUUUACUUCUACCGUCAAGCUCAAUUGGAAACAGUGGCUGAUUUCAAUUAUUAUUGGUUUUAUCGGCUGGCCGCUUGCUGCUCUCGCUAAACUGAUACCUGUUCCACAAACUCCUUUGCACAAGUUCUUUACAAAUAUGUGUAAUCGACGUGCCAAGUCUUCCAAGUCUUCCAAGUCUUCCAAGUCAUCAUCAGUAGAGGUCACUAACAAUUCACAGCACUAACACCGACCUGCCUAAUGUAAAUUUACUAGCUCUGUCAGCACUCUCUCUCCAUUUUUGCUUCGUAGGAUGAUACAGAUCUACACAGAUGGCGACAUGCUUGUGAAUAAAAUCUAUCACCGGUGGGUUUUUUUUUUUUUUUUUUUUUUUUUUUUUGCACUGAUCGCUUCAGGCUUCAGUUCUUAUUAGCGAGGGUUGUUUAGGAGAAAAACCGGUGCCUUUAUUUUUGCUUGGUAAAUAUUUUUUCAUAUAGAUUGUGUUUCCAUGUAUGAAAUGUUUGUAAUCGAAUGCGGUGAGGACACUUGGACCUGAAACACAGUUUAUACCCCAUGUUUGGCUGUAGUAAAAUAGGGGAUAGCCCAAUAUUUUAUGUAGUGCGCCAUAAUUCUAUUUGCUGGUUUUGAUUA